AAAAGUAAUUUUCAAAACGAGAAAAUGGAAAACAAGUUGGUUUUUGGAGUCCUUUGUCUAUGCCUUGUGAUACAAGCCACCAGCGGCGAGGAGGACAACCCUCUGAUAAACCAUUAUGCUGAUUACGAAACAAUCCAUCCCAGCGAAUACUACAGCUCCGAUUUCGAACUCAAAGACGGAACCAAUGUGAUAUUCGAAGCCAUCAAUGAAUUGAAAGGGAUCAAGAAACCAAAAGCAGGUUUCAUGUGCAACUAUGGCCAAAAACAAUGGACAAGGUCUCUUCCGGGAGACGUUUUCUACGCCAAGUUCUUCUUUUACCGGGUUAAUCCACACGCAAAGGUCGUUCAACAUUGCCAUUUCCGAUCGAAUUUGGGCUAUGUUGACGCAUAUAUCAAGAUAACCCCAACGCUCGGACGAUCAUGUCCCGGUUAUAGAUGCAUUUUAGCAAUUAGACGUGAAGGUCUCUUGAUGAAAGACACUAACGAACUCUUUCCUUGGACACCUUGGCCUCGCCGCCACAUUCAACCUAAGUUGCCUAAGAUCACCAAUUGAUUCUUCUGAAUUGUAUAUUAUGGGAGGGUGUAUACAUAUCUCUUCUUCCUUUUUUUUUGUGUGAUAUACAAUACAUACAUUGUUUAGUUCAGAAAACAUUAAUCAAAAUUUAAGAAUUGCAAAUGAAAUGAUUUUUUCCAU